CAGCGAGUCGAAGUGGGUGUACAAAACGCUGCUUCCAGGAUCCCUUGGCUUUGUGUCCGCAAGAUAUUUCCCUGAGAUUCGUCGAACUGAAAAGUCUUUUUUUCGUUCUUUAUUGAUCCAGAGGGAAAUAAGCCUUUUUCUCUAGGAGGCUUUAAUUGAAAAGUCUGGCGACAUGUCCACGAGAAGCAAUGACUGCGGUCGUUAGAGGCUAACAGAUUGGAGAAUUAUUUUUUUUUAAUUUUGUAUUUCGUCCAUUUUUUUUUUUUUGUGCGUCGAUGACCGAGAUACGAGAAUGAUUCGUAAAUGAUAAAUCGUAAUUUGUAUUAAUAAAUUUCAAAGGACAUCUGGACGGAGGAGAUGGACGAAUCAACAGUGUAGUUGUAGCGAAUUCAGAAAAGCUGGGAGGACUCACCGUCACUGUGAAUUGUUUGAACAAUCCGCCAUGGAAGUCUUCCGGAAUAUCAGAUACAAGCGUCUCUAGUUGCAGUCUGCUGUGUUUUUGUAGUCUGCUGUCUGAAUUGGCUCAAAGUUCCUAAAUGAGGGAUAAGGCGACAGCCAAUGGAGCUGCUGAAGCAGAAGUCGGCAGCGGCUCCGGUUGGAACAUGUUGCUAUUCUUCUCCUACUACUCCUUCUUCCUUGCUGUUGUGAGCUCCAGUGGUCCGCGUCCCGUGGGAUUUUUCCAGGCCAGGGGAAGAUGAGAGCCGUGAAGAGAGCGUCCGCCGCUGCUGCUACCUCCUCCUCCGGCAAGUGCUGCUACCAUUCCUCAAGCGUUCAUCAACCCUCUCGCUGCUGCUGCUCGUCCUCGACUUCCUCUCAGACGUUCCGCGUACCUCUGGUAACCCCUUCCUCCUGCGUGAGCUCGUCCAGGUCGUACCACCAUUGCCAUCACCAGCCAUCACCUUCCUCGCCUUCCAGCAGGGUAUUCAGGCAUCAACACCAACAGCACCAACAGGCAGCAGAGGGACGAGCCAGUGGUAACAGUGCUGCCAGAACUAAGGACGGCAGAGGGACAGGAGAUGCGAAAACCUCUUCCUUCAGGCUGACGAACGGCAUCUUGUACGGGCUGCCAACGCUUCUGGCAAUAGCGCUCUACCUCAACACCCUCCGCGCUGGAUUCGUCUAUGAUGACCACCGGGCCAUCCUAGGCAACAGGGAUGUCGUGGGAUCAGGACCCUGGUGGUGGGUGUGCGUCCACGACUUUUGGGGUUCCCCCCUCUCCAGGAGGGGGUCCCACGGCUCCUGGCGUCCCAUCACCACGCUCACCUUCAGGUGGGACGCCGCCUUCUCCAGCCUCCUGACGAAGGCGCAGAAAGAGACCACCCCGAAGGCUCUAGAAGACGCCCACGGCAACCCAGCCUCCUCGCUCCCAGUGCCUUUCCUCACGCCCACGCUCAACGCCCCCCUCUCCGCCCUGCCCUUUCACGCCUCUAACGUCGUCUUGCAUGCAGCCGUCACGGCAGCCUACGUGGGCGUCCUGAGACACGUGGGCGUCGGCCCGUGGGCGUGUCUGGGCGCCGGGUCACUCUUCGCCGCCCAUCCUAUUCACGUCGAAGCCGUCGCAGGGGUGGUGGGGCGGGCGGAGCUCCUAGCCGCCCUGGCCUUCUGCCUCGCCUUGGCCGCCUACGUGAACUACCUCCGAGGGCGUGGCAGCAGCAGCAGCAGCGAGACGACUCAGCAGCAGCAGAGGAGGAGGUGGGCCUGGGCGGGGGUGGUGGGGAGGCGGGUGGUCAUCGGAUGUCACGGUCACACCUGCGUCUGUUGGGAGAGUCAUCACGCCCACAAGCCGGCGUUCCUAAGGGCGGGCGCCGAGAACCUCAAGUGGUGGUCGUCUUUCCCUCCGUGGGCGUGGCUGGUCGUGAGCGUGGGCGGUGCGGGCUUGGCCAUGGCGUGUAAGGAGCAGGGCGUGACGGUGCUUGGGGUUGGUUUAGUAAUGCAUGCGGCUGCUGUCGUGUCUACGACGCCGAAGAAUAAGCCUGUGGUAGUGGGCCUCAUCAAGGAACUCUGGCCGGGAACCCUGGGGACAGCGAUACUGAUCUGGCUUCGCGUGAGCAUCACCGCCCACUCGCCCUCCUUCACGCCCGCCGACAACCCGGCCGCGCACGCCCAAUCCCUGCUGACGAGGGCGCUGAGUAUAUCCCACUCGUGGGCGGUGCACUGGCGUUUGCUGCUGUGGCCCGCCACGCUGUCAUUCGACUGGUCUAUGGGGGCCGUGCCCUUAGUCACAUCUCUUGCGGACUGUGCUAACAUAGAGACGUUGGCUCUGGGCGUCUUGCUGGGGUGUGGUUUUACAAGGGCGUUCCGCUCCUGCUGGGUGAAUCGUACGCGGCAGGCGAAGAGGUGCAGUAGUUACUACUCGCCCCACGCUUACCACGACGAGCUCAACAAUAACGUCUCCCUCGCGGGAGGAGGCGCUGAGGAAGACGACGACGAAGAAGACGAAGAAACAGAGGAGGUCGUCUUCGUCUCUCCCACCUCUGAGUCGUCAUUCUUCACGCCCUCGUCUGCUGCGUGCGUCCUAGCAUCGUACAACCAAAACCACAAAAAACUGUCUUCCUGUCGUCGCCAGCUGAUGGCCCCUGGGGAACUCCACUUACUCCUCGGUUGGAGUCUUCUGGUGAUGCCCUUCCUGCCGGCGUCGAAUCUACUGGCCUACGUGGGCUUCGUCGUGGCCGAGAGGGUGCUCUACAUCCCUUCCAUGGGCGCCUGCCUCCUGGUGGCUCUGGGAGCCCAAGCGCUCUGGCGUCAAGUAUCGGGAGGAAAGUCCCUAUUGAGAAACGUAGUACUACAAUCUCCAACUUCGUCUUCGUCCCCUUCCACUGCGCCUUCGUCACCAGCUCCGCCCAGGCGCCAGAGACGAAGGGCGGGGAGGAGGCGGUUCAGGGUGGCCUUCGCCGUGGCGUGGGCGGUCACCCUCGCCCUUAUGGGCGCCCGAACAGUCAGGAGGAACGAAGAUUGGAGAUCUGACGAGGCUUUAUACCGCUCCGGAGUUGAGGUCAAUCCGCCGAAGGCGUUGUCAAAUCUAGGCGUCGUGUACAGCGAACAAGGGCGUCUCAAAGAGGCCGAAUUUGCCUACAGGGAGGCGCUGAGACACGUCCCGAACAUGGCUGAUACGCAUUAUAAUCUAGGCCUACUGCUCGCUUCCAGGGGCAACAUGGACAGCGCUAUCGAGAGCUACCACGCAGCGCUACGAAGUCGACCGUGGCUAGCCCAGGCUCACUUGGCGCUGGCAGCGGCUUUCCAGGCCAUGGACCAACCUAACAAGGCGUUGAAGGUACUGAAAGAAUGCCGCAACACAGCCUCAGCUCCUGCGAGGGACGGCUGGAGCCACGCCUGGGCAGUGACGAGCUGCCACAAACGGCUGGCCCACAUCCACAUUGUGGCGGGCCGCCCUCACUCUGCCUUGGAGGAGUUAUCUCAGGCCUUGCAUCUGGCUCCUGAGGGCUACCCAGUCCAUACGCUCCACACGCUGACGGCGGAGGCCCAUUUAGAGGCUGGGGAGUACAGGGAGGCUCAAGAGGUGCUCUCCAGAGUCCUCGCCCUCCAUCCGCACCACGUCCCUGCACAUCUGGCCUUCUCCAGGAUGCUUCAGGCGAAUGGUAGCCGUGUGGAGGAAGCAGAACAAUGGCUGAGGAGGGCAGUGGCUUUGGCUCCAAGUGACCCCCAUGCUCAUAAGCACCUUGGUCAGCUGUUGCUCGAACAGAAUCGUGUGGAAGAGGCGGUGAAGGCCUGGCUCAGAGCAGCUAUGCUGGAUACCCAGGACCACACAGCUGCUUUCAAUGCAGCCACGGCUCUCAGACUCGCAGGGAGCCACCAGCACGCCGAGAACUUCUACAGGAGGGCAGUGCAACUGCAGCCUCAGGACGUUUCCAGCCAUCGAAACCUGGGAGCCAUCCUGCACCUCAACGGGAAACUGGAAGAGGCUCGCAGGCACUAUGAGAUAGCUCUGAAGCUCUCUCCGGGCGAUCCCCAGACAACGACGAACCUCCAUCGUCUCAAGGCAUUGGUCAGCAAGAAAGGCGUGUCCUAGUGAACUAGGUCAACUCAGGUGUUUUGUUCAGAAGCUGGCAGCCGAGUUUCAGACUCUGAAUACGAGGAAAGCCUGGAAUAUUUCUUGGCCUUCUAAUCAGUUUGCCACCAAGUGGUACCGAGGCCCAAUUAACGGAAUUUGUCUUCGUUCGAAGCUCUGUUACGAGGAAAGCCUGGGAUUAUACUGCUUGGAUUACUAGUCAGUUUGCCACCAAGUGGUACCAAGACCCACUCGACAGGGUUUACAUCAAGUGGCCUCGAUCUUCCAAGAGCUCAUGGCACUGGUCAACUGGUGCAGUACCUUGUUUACAACUCACUCUGGCACCAAGUGGUGUCUGCUCUAUGCAGGGGCUUGUCAAGUGGCUACAAACCUGCAUCAGCUCACGGCACUAGGCGACCAAUCUGUUGCCUAGCGACAAGGACUAAAGUGUACUUGGGGUAGUUCCGUGCGGCCAUUUUUCUAAAGCUCCUCUUCUCGUCGUGGCGUGUGAAAAUAGCUGAACUGGAAGGUGAGUGUCAUUUCACCUUGUGUUAAAGACCAGUUGAAACUUUGUCGUCAGCAGCACUGGAGCACUAUCUUGGUUACAGCGCAUUGAGAAAAUGUGAGGAAUCUUUGCUCAUUGUCUGUCAUUAACUUAAAUGUAAGAUAUUUCCACAGUUGGCGAAAAGCCACCGUGACUGGUGAAAGCUGGAAGCAUACCGGUCACAUUCUGUAAGCUAGUUCUUAUGGGCGAGGCCAUUUAGGUCUUUGCCUACUUUGUCAUUCAAAUGUCACUUGACUGAAUCAAGUCUGAUAAACUGCAAAAAGUUAAAGAUGUUUAUUUUACCAGUUCCAUACUUAAGAAAUUGAUUCCAAAAAUGCUCAAAUUCAGCUGUGUAAACAAAAUUUAUUCUUUGAUUCAAAUGGAUCACAUUUACUCAAUAAAACAAAAACACUGACAGCCAUUUAGAAAUAUUAAAUACGAAUUCAUUUCAUCAUCUAGAACAAGAACACUGAUCCAUAUACACCCACACACACAGACUAUUACAGAACUAGUCUCACUCAGUGAAGCCAACACAAUUGAGUGCUUAUAACAAAAUACCUUUGCAACGUGAUAGUCCCAUAAUUCAAUUUGAAAACGGAUUUAAGUAUUAUAGAUGUGUUGCAGUAAUCCCUAUCUCAUACCCACAUAUAUACAAACACACAUUUACAUAUAUAUAUACACAUAUUUUAUAAUCGUAUUUUAAGCUACGAGUAUUAAAGCUAAUCAAUACAGACGGAUGGAUGUUGGCUGCGUUCACACGAGUCUAGAACGGGUCACGGGAAACAGUUCCCCAUUUCUGACGACGAAGGAAGCAAAGGAACGAAUCUCAGAGACGUCAAGACGGUGAAAGACCUCAGUGAAGAACUUUUGUCAUUCAGUGGUGUUAAAAUAUUUAAAAUAUUAAAAAAAAUCGGUGUUAUUCAGUGUUAUUAUCGUCGACAUUCCAUUUAAUGUUAAAAUGCUCGAGUGAUAAGUGGAAACGGUGAGCGAUGCGUGGUUAAAAUAAGGAUGCUACGUUGCAAUAUAUAUAUAUAUAUAGUGUUAAUAGUAAGUGACGAUAUAUGAAGAAUAUCUGUCUCAAGUCGGCCUCGAUAUUGUGGAUACUUUCAGAUCUCUCUCUCCCGCCCCCCACCCCCCGCCCGAUAUUAUGGAUGAUUUCAGAUCAUUCCUGAUAUUAUGAAUACUUUCAUCUCACCGAUAUUAUGGAUAUUUUCAGAUCACCCCCAAGAUUAUGAAGACGCCCCCGAUAUUGUGGAUAUUAUCAUAUCUCCCCCGAUAUUACAGAUAAUUUCAGAUCUCCCCCGAUAUCAUGGAUAAUUUCAGAUCUCCCUGAUAUUACAGAUAAUUUCAGAUCUCCCCAAUAUUACGGAUAAUUUCAGAUCUCCACCGAUAUCAUGGACAAUAUUUCAGAUCUCCCCCGAUAUCACGGAUAAUUUUAGAUCUCCCCCAAUAUUACGGAUAAUUUCAGAUCUCCCCCGAUAUUAUGGAUAAUAUCAGAUCUCCCCCGAUAUCAUGGAUAUUUUCAGAUCUCCCCCGAUAUUAUUGAUAUUUUCAGAUCUCCUCCGAUAUUAUGGAACGUCGAACAGAAUAUAAGAAUUACGUGGCCAAAAAAAUAUACAAAAAUACUCAAGAAAUCGUAGUACGAAUUUAGUGCUGCAUUGUGGGAAAUAUCAUUAAAAUAUUAUCAAGACUUUCUACAGAUAUUAUGAGUUAGAUAACUGGAAUUUUUUUAAUAUUUUAAAGAAAAUUUAAAAUUUUAGUGGCAAUCUUGAGAGUUUGGGAGCUCCUUGGAAUGACUAUUGGAAAUAUUGAUAAAUUAUGUGUAAUAUUACGAACAUUAUCUUUAAAAUAUCAUUGAAAACUUGUCAGAAAUAUUAAUAUAUUCAAAAUAUCUCUAAUAUUUUUCGUGUAAAAGUUAUUAGAAUAUUUUGAAAAAUAAUUACGGGAAUAAUUCGUGCACUGCAUCAAGUUGAAAUUUUUGGAAAUAUUGUAAAAACAAAAUAUCCCACGUCAGAAAUAUCUCUGAAAUUUUAGGUUAUUUUAAGUAAAUUGUGAAGAAAAAUUUAGGUGAAUAUCUUGAAAGAAAAAAUGUAUAUCGAAAGAUUGGAAAAUUAAGGACAUCUGUGACUAGACAGAAAAUAAAUGUUUGAAACGUAAUAAAAAAAAAAAAGAUUUUUACAGUAAAAAACUGUAAAAAAAAAAUGCACUGAGAGUGUUUAAAAAGAAAACGAUAUCAGGCACUUGUUUACAAAUAUAUAAGCAAUUUUCGAAUGACUCAGCAGACAAGGGCAGACGUUUAAAAAUACCAAUAUUAUAUUCUUAAGCUUGUCUGUGCAGUCAUGCUUCUAAGAGAUCGAGAAGCAUGGAGCAUGCGAAUGAGUCUGGUGCUUUUUUGUGUAGAAAAACAAAACAGAAAAAAUUUAUGAACCUCCGAAGCGCUUCAGUAUUUGCAAAAUCGAACCAAGAAUUGAUCUUUCAACUUCAGGAGACUUUCAACAUUUGCAAAAUAAAGAACCGGGAAUCAGCCUUUAUUAAUAUUGGCUCAUAUUUUUACUUUUUAUUUUGCUUUUGUCUUAUAUAUUGAAAAGACGGCUUCGCCCUGUGAUAACCCCGAAGAUUUUAGUGGGAUCGUUCUCCCCAAGCAGUUUUUGAUAAUCCACUUCCAAAGGGCACUUGCUUAUCACUAAAAUAAAAAAAAACACUGGUUAAGAUAUAGAAAAAUUUGUGAAGUGAAAAAGAAAUGUCAGCGAAAAGGAAAACGUGUUUUUUUUUUUUUCCAGAGACUUUGUUCGUAUAGGGUGAAUUCUAGGUGACUAAUGAUGGAGUUCCAAUGAUGUUUUACAAAAUGGUUAUUGUAUAUGGAGAUAAGUUUUGUUUCUCGAUGGUAAAUAUAUAUAUAUAUAUAUAUAUAUGUAUAUAUAUAUAUAUAUAUCUAUAUAUAUAUAUAUAUAUAUAUAUAUAUAUAUAUAUAUAUAUAUACGCAAACAGUCUUGUCCAGUUUAACUGACCAAAGAUAUAAGAACCAAAAAA